GAGAUUCCCUCCUUAAACUACCGACUCAAAAAAUAUCCCAAAUCAAUACUUUAAUAAUUAAAAAAUAGUAAGCGAAAUAACGAAUCACUACCUCAUCUUCCGACCACCUUCACUGUAAUAAAACUCAAACCUCUCCAAUCAUCUCCUUCCCUUCAAACUCCAUCAUUAUUCCUCUCUCCUCUCCGCCACCCGCCACCACCACCGGCAUUCUCGCCGGAACCCGUCCCAAACAAUGAAGCUUACCACCAUCCACCGCUCUUCUCUCUUAUUCCUCCUCUCAGUGACGGUUAUUCUUCCGGCAACGGUGACUUCAAUCGGAGUAAACUACGGUCAAAUCGGAGACAACCUCCCAUCACCAACCGACGUAAUCCCACUAAUAAAAUCAAUCGGAGCAACAAAAGUAAAACUCUACGACGCAAAUCCACAAAUCCUCAAAGCUUUCUCCAACACCGGAAUCGAAUUCAUCAUCGGACUCGGCAACGAAUAUCUCUCCAAAAUGAAAGAUCCUUCAAAAGCACUAACAUGGAUCAAACAAAACGUAACUCCAUUUUUACCGGCGACUAACAUCACCUGUAUCACCAUCGGAAACGAAAUCCUCGCUCUUAACGAUUCUUCACUCACAAGCAAUCUCCUCCCGGCGAUGCAAGGAGUUCACUCUGCUUUAAUCACCGCCGGACUCUCCGAUCAAAUCACCGUCACCACCGCACAUUCUCUCUCAAUCCUCAAAUCCUCAUUCCCACCUUCCGCCGGCGAGUUUCAACCGGAUCUACUCGAUUCACUAACACCGAUCUUAGAAUUCCACCGGAAAACUGAUUCUCCGUUCUUAAUCAACGCGUAUCCUUUCUUCGCUUACAAAGGAAACCCUAAAGAAGUACCUCUCGAUUUCGUUCUGUUUCAACCUAAUCAAGGAAUCGUAGAUCCGGCCACCGGAUUUCACUACGAUAACAUGUUGUUCGCUCAAAUCGACGCCGUGUACUCUGCUUUAGCGGCGGCGGGGUAUAAGUCGUUGAGAGUUGAGAUAUCGGAGACGGGAUGGCCGUCGAAAGGAGACGACGAUGAGGUUGGAGCUACGCCGGAGAAUGCGAAGAGGUAUAACGGAAACUUGAUUAAGCUGAUGAUGAGUGGUAAAAAGACUAAAACACCCCUGAAGCCUAAUAAUGAUCUUAGUAUUUACGUUUUUGCCCUUUUUAAUGAGAAUUUGAAACCUGGUCCGAUGUCGGAGAGGAAUUAUGGGUUGUUUAAACCUGAUGGGACUCAGGCUUAUUCACUUGGGUUUGCUUUAAACGACGUCGUGAGAGGGGCUAGUGGUGGCGGUGGCGGUGGCGGUGGCAAUAGUAGUAGUGGUGGAGGAAGGGAAAAGACGCCGGUGUUUCCGGUUUCUCCGGUGGCGCCGGAUAGUGCGUCCACUGGUUAUUUGGCAAUUUCUGCUUCUCCAGUAACGGGGAGAAGAAAAGGGAAAGGGGCAAUAUUGUCAAUGGUGGUAGUGAGCAUGUUACUGGCGAGACACUUACUUUGAUUACACGAAACUUGAGUUAACUUAUAGAAGCAAAAGCUGUCCCCAAGCUUUUUUGCAUUCUUCUUAAAUUCCAGAUACUGUCUAUUUUCACGGCUAUUUUUUUUUUUUUUUGUCUUUUUUACUCCUAUAAUCUUUAUGUUAGAAAUUCAUUUUGCACCUUAUGUAGUAUGAGGAUCACAUUUAAUUUAUAUAUCCCCAAUCAAUAAUACUCUUUUUUUUUCAACCA